UAGCCGUGAUCACUAAACUUGUUUCAAAGGAGUAGGAGUUAUUUGAGGUUAAGGUUUCACUAGGUGUGGAAAGCUUCUUUUUUAGGUUAAUACAUGGUAUCUGGUGCGGCAAGCACACAAAGGACCGAUCACUUGCAUUGCGUUUGCUCCGGAUUCACAAAGAAUUGUCUCCAGAGGACUUGAUGAUUCGCUAAAAAUGUGGUCUUUAAAAGAUAACAAAAAACCUCUUCUGGAAGUGUAUAACUUAGAAAAUGCUUUCAAAAGUACUGAUUGCGGCUUUUCGCCAAGAGGAGAGCUUGUUUAUACUGGGACAUCAUCACCUGGUGAAGACAUUCCUGGAAAGUUAAUGUUUUUUAAUGCUGAAACAUUUGAGCUCGUGUAUAAGAUCGAGUAUCCUGGAAAGGUGAGUUUUCUUCACGGUUUACUCACUGUGAAGUAA